UUCCGUUCCGGUCCGUUAUGAAUGGGGCCAGUAUCCCGGCGUCCUCUCGGCGGACGUUUGGGUGUUGCUGGGGCCGCUCUGGCCGGCGUCCGGCGUCUCUAUGGUGCCGGCCUAGGGGAGGGAAGAGAGGCGGGGCCGCCGUUUGUGCUGCGAAGGACUUCAACCUGAAGAGCUGAGGGGCGACUGGGGAAUAUAAACAAGAAUAAGCAGUUUGUCUCCUGAUGGCUUUUGCUGUAUACUGACGUAUUAUUUGUGAUGGCAUCUGAGGCUGAGAAGACCCAUGCUUUACUCCAGUCUUGUAGCACUGAAUCUCUUUUUUCCAGCCUCGGUCUGGGAAUAUUUUGCCUAGUAGCUGACAGACUUCUUCAGUUUUCAAUAAUUCAGCAAAAUGACUGGCUUCGAGCCCUCUCAGAUAAUGCAGUACAUUGCGUGAUUGGCAUGUGGUUGUGGGCAAUUGUCAUUGGAGUCAAGAAGACAACUGACUUUGGAGAAAUCAUUUUAGCUGGAUUUUUAGCCUCUGUUAUUGAUGUAGACCACUUUUUUCUAGCUGGAUCUUUAUCUUUAAAGGCUGCUUUGACUCUUCCACGAAGACCUUUUCUUCACUGUUCUACUGUGAUACCUGUCGUGGCUCUGACCUUGAAGUUUACUAUGCACCUUUUCAAGCUCAAAGACUCAUGGUGCUUUCUCCCCUGGAUGUUAUUUAUAUCCUGGACCUCACAUCAUAUCCGAGAUGGAAUUCGUCACGGCUUGUGGAUAUGCCCAUUUGGAAAAACUUCUCCUUUGCCAUUCUGGCUUUAUGUCAUAAUCACAUCCUCUUUACCUCAUAUCUGUUCAUUUGUUAUGUAUUUAACAGGGACCAGACAAAUGAUGUCUGCAAAACAUGGAAUUCAGAUUGACGUCUGAAGUAACUGUAUGCCACUCUGAGAGAAGGAAAUGGUUCAGACGAUAAUUAAGGGUAGCUGACAUUAUAAACUAAAAAAUAUAUAUUAAUUAUUAUUAUAAUUCCUGAAUCCUCUUGCUUAGGAGGCAUGUACCCUUUUAUAUAUAUAUAUA